AGGAUACUCAACUCGUCACCAUGAGCGCCGCAGCAGCAUCUCCAGCUAAAAAGGUCAAGAAGGCUAGCAAGCCUAAGGUUCCAGCAGCUCACCCAACAUACGCUGCUAUGAUUGCCUCAGCCAUUGGAGCUUUGAAGGAGAGAGGUGGAUCGUCCAAAAUCGCCAUUGCCAAGUACAUCAAUGCUAACUACAAAGUUGGUAACGACUCUACCAAGGUCAAUUCCCGAGUGAAAAUUGCUCUCAAAAGCUGCGUGAAGAAGGGGUCACUGAAGCAAGUUAAAGGCACUGGAGCUUCUGGCUCAUUCAAACUUGGAGAAAAGAAACCCACAGCAGAGAAGAAGCCUAAGGUAGCAGCCAAGAAAGUAAAGAAGCCAAAGGCAGCAGCCACAACGCAAAAGAAAGCAGCGGGUGAAAAGAAAGCCAAGAGUCCCAAAAAGACUGCCAAGAAAGCUGCCGCUAAGCCAAAGAAGGUUAAGACCCCCAAGAAACCAGCAGCAAAGAAGCCAGCAGCUAAGAAACCGGCAGCGAAGAAGCCUGCAGUGAAGAAAGCAGCCAAGAAGCCUGCCAAGAAGUAAACACUUAAGUGUUUGGUCAAAAUUGACCCCAUAUCCCAAAAAGUCCUUUUUAGGACUACCCAAUUUCCUCAAAAAACGUCUAAAUGACGUCUCGAUAAUUUGCGCAUUUUAUACAUCAUAUACAUUACAGUGCAACAAUCCAAACAAUGAACGCAAUCAUAUUGGUCUACUGCCUGGUUAAGUUCCUCGUGCGGAGCGCCAAACCCCUCCAGUAAACAAGAUUUUUUGUUUAUCUAACUAAUAUUUCAGAAGACUUUGGAAUGACUUGCGGAAGAUAAGGUCUAAAAGAGACGGAACGUGUUAAAUCCUCGGUCGUUAAUCAAAAAUGAAAAUACACUGAUAAAGUUUCUUUCCGGCCUUAGUCACUUCAAUAACGA